AUGGCCGCUCAACCCGCCUGGGCUCCGUCAACAUGGCGCUCCAAGCCCAUCAAGCAGGCUCCAAGUUAUCCUGAGCCGGAGAAGCUAGCCAAUGCCGUCCAAGAGCUCUCACGCAUGCCGCCGCUGGUUCACCCCAACGAGAUCCUCGCUCUCAAGGCUCACCUCAGAGAUGUUGCUCACGGCAAGGCCUUCCUCCUGCAGGGAGGUGACUGCGCCGAGCUUUUCGACUAUUGCGAGCAGGGCGCCAUCGAGUCCAAGAUCAAGCUGCUUCUGCAGAUGAGCGUCGUUCUCAUCUGGGGCACCAACAAACGCGUUGUCCGCAUCGGCCGAAUGGCUGGCCAGUAUGCCAAGCCUCGUUCAAGUCCAACCGAAAUGUACCAGGGCCGCGAGAUCCCGAGCUUCAGGGGCGAUAUUCUGAAUGGCUAUCACGUCCAUGAGAGAGAAAUCGACCCCAACCGUCUGAUCAAAGCCUAUUAUAACUCUGCCGCUACCCUCAACUACAUCCGUGCCUCCAUUGCGUCGGGAAUUGCAGACCUUCACCGUCCCCUGGACUGGGGCUUGGGUCACGUACGGGAUCCUGUCCUGAAGGAGAAGUACUCAUCCAUCGCCGGCAGCAUUCAGCAGACACUCCGUUUCUUGCAAGUCAUCAAUUCUCGUCCCGACGAGCUACACACUGUCGAGCUCUUCACCAGUCACGAGGGACUCUUGCUAGAGUACGAGGAACCUCUAACACGCCUGCUGGAGUCGCCGCCCGCUCGUCCAGCUGCUCCUCCCAGCAGCAGAGCACCAUCACCACCCCUGCCCACGGAUCAGGGCAAGCCCAAGACGCAACAAGCCUACUACGAUACUUCUGCACACUUCAUUUGGAUCGGAGAUAGAACCCGACAGCUCGACCAUGCUCACGUCGAGUUCUUCCGCGGCAUCGCCAACCCCAUUGGCGUCAAAGUUGGUCCUACCACGCCAACCUCCGAUCUCCUAGACCUGUUGCGAACACUCAAUCCCGACUGUGAGCCCGGCAAAAUCACUCUGAUUACCCGUUAUGGCGCAAGCAAGGUGGGAGACCUGCUGCCAAAACACAUUCGUGCAGUCGAGGACUCCGAGUACCGCCGAUGCGUUGUCUGGCAAUGCGACCCCAUGCACGGCAACACCCUCUCCACGCCCUCCGGCAUCAAGACGCGCCGUUUCAACGAUGUUUACAAAGAACUUCAGGCAUCGCUUCGCAUCCAUAAGGAGCAGGGCAGCUACCUCGGCGGUGUUCAUCUCGAGCUUACCGGCGACGCUGUCACAGAGUGCCUGGGGGGCAGUGAAGGUCUCGAGGAGGACGACCUAUCCACCAACUACACUUCUUUCUGCGAUCCUAGACUCAACGAAAAACAAGCGCUUGAGCUUGCCUUCCUAGUUGCCGAUCACUUCUCACAGGAACAGAAAAAUGAUGCUUGA